CUCACAGUGAUCCUCCUGCCUCAGCCUCCUAAGUGCUGAGAUUACAGGUGUGUGCCCCCAUGCCCGGCUUGUAAGUUAUUUGUAUUGCAUCCAGCGUUUCAGGAUAACAGGGAUGGGUGAUAGCACCAUACCAGGCCAUCAGACACUUGUGUCCAUGCAUGUAUACCUUAAAGAUUGAGCAUCAAUUUAUUAUCUGAUGUUUCCUGAAUAAUCCAACAUACCAAAUAAGCCUAAUUAGUCACCGUCUCUGCAAGGUGAGGCCACGUCCUUUGACCUGGGUCUCCAGGGCCAACCAGAAGACUUCAAAGUACAAAGAGGUUAAAUCUAGAACUCUGAGCUCAAGGAAGUCUGCCAGACGUUGAAAGGUUAAAACAGAUAGUCUAAAUUAUGGUCACAAAUAGCUGUGGAAUAAAAUAGUUAAUCAUUUAAGCAGAGUUAGAAGUAAUUACUUUAUAGGGCUAUAAAGGGAUUAAAAGACUUAAAGCAAAUAGAUGUUAAAAAACAAAACAACCUAGACUCAAAUAUAUAACUCUUUUAAGACUCAAUAUUCCUAAGUAACCAAAAACCUUGUAAAGAUAACAUGAAAUACCGGAAAUUGUCUUCUCAAAGUCUUUGCUUCUAGGCCACUUGCAGCAGCCACAGGGCACUUUGCGUGUGACAGUGAGCAUGUGGGAGACCUGGUUAGCCCCUGGACGACAACCAGAUGAAAGGAGCCUGAACGUCACAGAUGGUGGAUGUGCCGGAAGCUGGGUGUUGUCACCCCACCGAGGACAGCGACCAGGAGGGCAUGCGGAAGUGUCUAGUUACACAGCAUGAUUCCAGAUCACCAAGAAAAUACAAGAGCAAAGAACUGCAUUAUCCAGGCCUUUAAGACGAGUCUGUUAGUGUCAGGCACAAUGGCAGAGUCAGAACCUGGAGCUGAGGCAGGAGGAUCACGAAUUCGAGGGCAGCCUGGGCUACCAAGUCCCUCCGGACCAUCCUACUUUUGAUGCUGGCUGUGCUCCUGCUGGUUGGCCUCCUGCAUGUGCAUGUCAAGCUGUUCCAGCCCCAGCUCAGGGCUGAGGUGCAGGGGCCACCUGUCACCAACAUCAUGUUCCUCAAGACGCACAAAACAGCUAGCAGCACAGUGCUCAACAUACUCUACCGCUUUGCUGAGAUGCACAACCUGUCCGUGGCGCUGCCUUCGGGUCCCAACAUCCACCUGGGUUAUCCCUGGCUCUUCGUGGCGAGAUAUGUGGAGGGCGCCCUGCAGGCUGGGCCUCACCCUGGGCCUCCCCGACAAUUCAACAUCAUGUGCAACCACCUGCGGUUCAACCUGCCUGAGCAGGUGCAGAAGGUCAUGCCCAAGGGCACCUUCUACUUCUCCAUCCUGCGGCACCCGGUCACCCAGCUCGAGUCCUCCUUCACCUACUACAAGGACUUUGCACCCGCUUUCCGCGCCGCGAGCAGCCUGGACGCCUUCUUGCAGGCGCCGCACCGCUUCUACAAUGCCAGUGCGGGGCUGAGGAACGCGUACGCGCGCAACAGUAUGUGGUUUGACCUGGGCUUUGACGGCGACGCGCCGGCCGAGGACGCCUACGUGCGCGCGCGCCUGGCGGAGGUGGAGCGGCGCUUCCAGCUGGUGCUCAUCGCCGAGCACUUCGAUGAGUCCAUGGUGCUGCUGCGGCGCCGCCUGCGCUGGCGGCUGGACGACGUGGUCGCCUUCCGGCUGAACGCGCGCAGCCCGCGCAGCGUGGCGCGCCUGUCGCCCCUGGGCCGGGAGCGCGCUUUGAGCUGGAGCGCGCUGGACUGGCGCCUGUACCUGCAUUUCAACCGCACCUUCUGGGCGCGCGUACGCGCUGAGCUGGGCCCGCGCCGCCUGCGUGCCGAGGUGGAGCAGCUGCGCGCGCGCCGCCAGAAGCUCCAGACCCUGUGUCUGCAGGACCGGCUGCCUCGCAGCGGGGCGAGCAUUGCAGACCCGCAGCUGCGCCCCUACCAGUCCGGUGACGCAGACAUCCUGGGCUAUGUCCUGCGACCGGGCUUGGACAAAGCCACGCUGCAGCUGUGCCAGAGGAUGGUGACGCCUGAGGUCCAGUACAUGGCCCGCCUCUACUCGCUGCAGUUCCCCCAGAAGCCCCCCAAAAGGAUACCCUUCCUGGAGCACUAGAGCCCUCAGGCGCCGCCCCUCUGCAGCCUUUCCUGGAGACCCAGGCCACCACUGCAAGAGGGAGAGCUGCAGACCCUCAGGCCGACACACUCAGGGCACAGUCCACACGGCCCGAGGUGAGGAGUCCUUCCAGGAGACCCGUGCCCUCCCCAACCGAGGCAGACUGGGCUGCGGUCCCAAAGAACCUCAGAGCAGCUCAUUGAACUUCCUUGCCCCGAAGUGGCACUGGUUCCCGGGGAUGAGCCUGUGACCUCCCUCAGAGCUGGGCCUGGGGUUGGCAGCAUGGUGAGCGGUUUGUUUCUGAGAACGGUUGAGCUUGAGAGACAACGCCAAGCUGCUCCCACGACAAAGGGUUCAGCUCGAGCCCAGGUUGAAGGGGCUCCACAUUCCCCUCUACCACUGGCCUGAGGAGUGCGGGCAAGAGGACACCUCAUAAGACCAGGAAGCUGGGAAUGGUCUGCUUGGCCUUGGUUGUCUAGAGACCGUGUUGGAGGAGGGGUCCCUUUCCUUGAUUAUCCACAAAGAGGACCUGAAGCCCCUGCCUCGCAGGACAAGGACAAGGUCCCUGCUGCCUGGAGCCCAUGGGUAAAGUGGGGUCACACACCUACCCUGGGAAAAGUGGGGUACCUGGAGCACCCAGGAAAUGUAGGCACUCACAUGCAGAGCCCAGAGGCUCAGCCAGAGCCUGUUUGCCUGGGAGGGGGUUCCUUCUGUCAUCCAGGGCCUCAGCCCGUAAGACCCCGCAUCCCCCACAUACCUGCUGUGGGUGGGGCAUGUCCAGGUGGUCCCUGUUUUUCAGGGGAAUCAGCAUUUCACAGAAAGGGGGGAUGUCCAAGCAAUCAGAACAAGGAGCCCCUGGGACAGUUUAAGAACCUUUCCAGUACAAUUAGAGAUGUUACAGUGAAUUUGAGAAUAGGAGAGAAUAUUUGAACAUGGAUACAAUGACUUCAAACCAAACCCGAAUAGAGACAGUGAAGAAGAUGGGCGCUUGCCGAGAGCCAAGGACCUCACACUAUGCAUAGGGUCACCUGGCUCAGCCCAGAGGAAGGUGUGGGGGAAAAUCCCUGGGGGACGUAGGGGUGGAAGUCAUAUCCGAGAUGAGCCCAUGGACAAAUAAUGGGAAUCCUCGCCAAGGGAAAAGAUGAGAGGGAGGAAUCUCAGUCAAGCCAAGAAUGGGGAAAAUUGCCACACGCUGAGGAGAGAUGAGCUUCUCAGCACAAGUUCCCGUGUGAGCACUAGGCGAGGUCUGCCGCUCCCUCAGAGAGCGUGGGUGGGUGUGAGAACCCAGAGUAGGGAAGCACCGUGGCCCAUAAACAGAGCAGGUGACUGUGAGGAGGGGACGGGCAGUGGCCACUGUGCCCACAGCCCUGCCUGUGCCUAGCCACAUGUGCAGCGCUGCUCCCGGCUGCACAGCAGCUGUACAGUUGAAGUAACAAUGGCAUUUUAAUGUCGCCUUGUUUUUCCUUCCAGGUUGGUGGGAUUUAAACUGUUAUCAUCAUUUUGGAGGUAAAUUUGGGGCUCUUUACUACAAUGUACAAAAGCCUGUUGUUUGUGGUAGAGAAUUCUGGAAACCAUCUGUUCAAAUUAUCCAUUAGGCAGGAGUGUUUAAAAUGCUGCUGUACUGUGGAGUCAAUAAAACUGGGGACAUGGAAUGUGA